CAAUUUUGUUUUCAUAAUUUUAAUUCAAUCCUCAAGUGUGUCAAUCUAAUAAAAUUGAACGAUCACUAUUUAAUGUUUUGAAAUGAUCGUUAUUAGUAUAUAGAUAUGCCGGUUUCAUUAGGAAACACUAAAAAAUUAUUUAUCAAACAUGUCAACGUCAUUUUUUAAAAAAUAUAAAGUUGUUGAAAAAAUUGGAGAAGGUUCAUUUUCCGAAGUACUAAAAUGCCAAGACAGAGCAACAGGCAUUUAUUAUGCUGGAAAAAAAUUAAAAAAGAUAUUUACAUCGAUGAAUGAAAUGCUUGAAAGUCCUGAAGUCAUAGUAAUGAGAAAAAUUACCCGACAUCCAAACAUUCUACACAUGAUCGAGUCACACUACAAUCCUAUGACUGGUAAAGUAAUCUUAAUUUUUGAAUUAAUGGACAUGAGUCUGUACGACCUGAUAAAAAGCCGGAAGAGUCGAGUCAUGUCUGAACAGAAAAUCAGAUUUUAUUUAUAUCAGUUACUAAAAGGGUUGGAGCACUUGCACAAAAAUGGUAUUUUUCAUCGCGACAUAAAGCCUGAAAAUAUUCUCGUGAAGGGCGACCUGGUGAAGCUCGGAGAUCUAGGUUCCAUUCGUGGAAUCUACAGUAAACCACCAUACACUGAGUACAUAUCCACCAGAUGGUACAGAUCACCAGAAUGUCUGCUGACAAAUGGAUUUUACGGUCCCAAAAUGGAUGUCUGGGCCAUUGGUUGCGUUUUCUACGAGUUGCUGUCAUUGAAACCUUUGUUUCCUGGAUCAAAUGAAAUCGAUCAAAUUGCUAAGAUCCAUGCGGUCUUGGGGACACCCCAUGCUCGAAUCAUAGCUAAAUUUCGUCGAUUAAAUAAAUCCAGGGAUAGCGAGUACUCUUUUCCCAAUAAAGGAACCGGGUCAGGAUUCACGAGUUUGCUGCCUCAUGUCUCGGAAACAGGGAAAGAACUUUUGAGACUGAUGCUUAUUUAUGAUCCUGAAAAUCGAAGUAAUGUCAAACGAUUAUUAGAACAUAGAUACUUUAAUAAUUUAAAAGAAUGUGAUACACCAAGACAAGCAAGCAGCUUCACAUUGCCAUCAGUAGACUCUUGUCAGUGGCGCAAUUCCGUUCUCAGCUACAUUACAUCAGAAAAACGUCGUCGUUUUAAACCACUAAGCACUAGACGGCCGAAAGUGCCCGAAGAUUUUUCAUCUAGAGGAUCACGAAUCAUCACUUCAAGUCCAAGUCGUCAAAAUUUUAUCAGCAAAUCAAGUAUUUCAAAAUUGAAUACUCAUAUCAAAGAAGAUACUUCUCUAUAUCUAAUUCAUGAAUCAAAAAGAACUUAUGAAAAAACUUGGAGAACUUGUGUCUAUACAACAAGAACUGAACGAUGUACAGAAUCACCUAGAUCAAAUGCAAGUGUCUGUAAAUUACCGUUGAUUAAAAAUAAUAAUAUGUUUAAAAUGUCUGGAGAAACUGGUGAUGCUGCUUCAAAAAUAAAUCGAAAAAAUAUUCAAUGUACUUUUACUCCUCAGUAUAAUUUGCGAGGACGUGAUUUCUAUCCGAAUUUCCGGCAAAAACUUCAAGUGAAAGACAAAUCAGACGACAAUCGAUUAUCAUAUCUGCCGCAGAUAGCACAGAAGCCAGUUCCAGAACGACGUCAAGCGGCGCCAACGAUCUCAGCACCACAGCAAAAUGCUGUGACUGAAGGCGGCAAACGUAAAACAAGAUUACCAACAAUUACAGAAACCCGAGUUACACUUCCACAUACCAGGUCAUCUAAUAUAAAGAGUCCAGCUAAAAAAAUAGCCAAACAUGAAACAACAACGAAAUCACUUGGGAAAAUUUUACCAGCUAAAAAAACAGCACCCGCAAGACGUCUACGGGGUAAAGGAGUUUAAAAUUGUUAUUUCCAUAUCCUAAAUUUAUUGUAUUUUAAUAUUUAUAAUAAUUAAAAUUAGCUGAAGACU